AUGGCGCCAAAUCUGGCGGCCGUCGGAGGCCUGUUGCGGCAGGUGAUUUAUUACCAUAUCGACAAUGCCUCAUACGACAACGCGCUGUUUUUUGCCGAACGAUUUGCCGCCCAAGAUCCCAAGGCCGCCGAUGCUACAUAUUUGCACUCGCUUUGUUACCUGCGGCUACGUGACCAUCGGUCUGCGUAUGAUGUGUCCAAACCCAUAGGAUACCGAGGGGGCAACCUGGGCUGCACCUGGGUUUUUGCUCAGGCGUGUCUGGCGCUGGAACGAUACAAGGAUGGUAUCUUGGCUCUUGAAAAGUCCAAGGCCCUGUGGUCGCAGAAAUGCAGUGUCGGAAAACACACCGCUACGACGCGAGCGGGAUUUCCGGAUAUACCUGCCCUUCUUUGCCUGCUUGGAAAGCUGCACCGCGGUUAUGGCGACAAGAAAAAGGCCGUGAGCUGCUUUGAGGAAUCGCUCAGGAAGAACCCAUUCAUGUGGGAUGCGUUUACGGCCCUCUGCGACAUGGGCAUCAACGUUCGCGUUCCCAAUAUUUUUAGAUCAAAUGAGGGCUUGGUUCAGAGCUUCGAUUCAGAUACCGGCAUAAGCGUUGUGGAUCAUCCGAGAGAUGCGUCAUCGUCAGCCGGGAUACCUGUGGAUGCAGUGUCGCUGAAACGAUCAACGGCGAGGAACAUUGCAGCGGAUUUGGGAUCAGAUCCCUUCAGUAUCAGCUUCUCAUCUGCGGAAACGGGCACCCCGAUGGUAGACAUGUUUGCCGAAGCCCCGGAGAACGAUUUCAUGUCCAAAAUCCAGAGUGCUCGAUUACGACUCGCAGCGUCUACGAACUCCCAACCCUCAUCGACUGUAGAAGGGAUGGAGACCCCGACGGGGCACUCGACUCUCCCUGAUGCAACGGCUGCUCGGCCCAUGUACAGCCAGGAACCACCUCAAGCACCGGCGAGGCGGACUAGGAAUGGUCAAGGCAUCGAUGUUGGGUUGGACGCACCUCCCCGUAUGAGUUAUAGAUUAGGGACGAAGAGGAACGGCAGACAUGCUCAGGAGCACCAUGUCGUGGAACCUAUGCAUGAUGGUCCAGCGACAACCGCCGCAAUGUCGACUGCAACUGCAACAACUGCCAGCACCAGGGCUGGCCAUAUAGCUGCGGCUGAGAGGAAGCGUACCUUAUCAGGCCAUCCAGUCCCAAGGUCGACAAAUUCGGAUGAGCAUUUGAUGAGACGGAGCGCCAGGCUCAACAUGUUCAAGCCGUCCGCAAAGGCCAACACAGGGGCAGCUACGAUAGGCACGUCAGCUGGGCGUGAGUUAAAGAAGGCUAGGCCCCCGGUCUCACGCAUCAUGCGGCCAGGUUCCAGUGGUUCCAGUGUCGGCAGAGUUGUGAGUGGCAAUAGAAAGCCCAUGGAUGACCAAGCCGACGUAGACCACGGAGAGGCCUCAAGGACAAGGGAACCGCUGCCGCCGCCACCAGCACCGUCCAAAGCGAUAGAGUCGGAUGCUGUCAAGGUCGAAGAAGCGCUUAAGUGGACCCUGGAUCUCGUCAAAAAGCUGGGCAAUGGCUACUACUCCCUUUCGAAAUUUCAAUGUCAGGACGCCCUUCAGGCAUUCAGCUCCCUGCCGUCUGCCCAACAGGGAACCCCAUGGGUUCUCUCCCAGAUGGGUCGCUCCCACUACGAGCAGGCAGCAUAUGCGGAAGCAGAAAAGUUCUUUCGCAGAAUGCGGGUACAGGCGCCGUCCCGUCUUCAGGAUAUGGAAGUGUACUCGACGAUCUUGUGGCACCUGAAACGAGAAACCGACCUGUCAUUCCUGGCGCACGAACUGGUCGACUCGGCAUGGCACUCGCCGCAGGCUUGGUGCGCAUUGGGCAAUGCUUGGUCGUUGGCGCGAGACCCCGAACAAGCUCUCCGUUGCUUCAAGCGAGCUACUCAACUGGACCCCAAGUUUGCAUACGCCUUUACCCUUCAAGGCCAUGAACACGUUGCCAACGAAGAAUAUGACAAGGCCCUGACGGCGUAUCGCCAGGCCAUAUCCGCUGACAGGAGGCAUUACAACGCCUACUACGGUAUCGGCAGAGUUCAGGAGCGGCUUGGCUCCUUUGAAAAAGCCUACGACCACUAUUAUGCAGCGCAAACGAUCAACCCCAACAACGCUGUCCUCAUUUGCUGCAUGGGAGGUGUUCUAGAGAAGCAAAAACAAAUGGUACAAGCACUGCAUGCUUAUACCAAGGCAGCGGAACUGGCACCAAGAGCAGCACAAACUCGGUACAAGAAGGCCCGAGCUCUGCUCACUGUUGGGCAAGUUGAAGCAGCGCAGAAGGAGCUCAUGAUUUUGAAAGAUCUGGCCCCUGACGAGGCCACCGUUCACUUCCUACUGGGAACUCUGUAUAGGAAUACGAAUGAAAGGCAACUGGCCGUCCGACACUUUACCAUUGCUCUCGCCCUUGAUCCAAAGGUGAGGACUUGA